AUGGACGGCUACUCAUCUGCCGGCAGUGUUGUAAAAGUCAUUCACGAAGGUGGUAGCGAUCAUGGUGGUUACGAUGCUGGCUUCAGCGGAGGUCAUGGUGGCGGAUUUGAUGCUGGUUUCAGUGGUGGCUAUAGUGGAGGUUUUGACGGAGGCUUGGAUGGAGGAUAUGCUGGUGGUCAUGGAGCUGGUGCCGGUGCUGCUGCUGAUGUUAAAAUUGUCAAAGUAAUUUCUCAGGGUUCCGCUGGCGGUCAUGGAGGUAGUUUUGCUGGCGGCCAUGGUGGCAGCUUUGCUGGUGGUCACGGUGGAUACUCUGGCGGCUUUUCUUCCGGUGGUCACUCCUCUGGCGGUGUCAAAAUCAUUAAAGUUAUCCAUGAAAAUGGUGGUAUUGCUGGUGGCCACGAUGCCGGUUUCUCUGCUGGUCAUGGCGGUAGCUUCUCUGGUGGCUACUCCGGUGGUUAUUCUGGCGGUUACUCCAGUGGCCAUUCCAGCGGUGGUGAUGUUAAAAUUGUGAAAGUUAUUAGCCAAGGCGGUGCUGGUGGUUAUUCUGGUGGUGCCAGCAGUUACUCAGGUGCCAGCAGCUAUGCUGGUGGUUAUGGUUCUGGUGGCUGGUCCUCCGCUCCCAGCCAUGGUUGGUAA